GGGGGGCGUCUUGCGCUCGCUGAGGGGGCACCUCGGGAACAAUGGCGGAAGGAGAUAAUCGCACCACCAACCUGCUGGCUGCAGAGGCUGCAAGUCUGGAAGAGCAGCUGCAAGGAUGGGGAGAAGUGAUGCUGAUGGCAGAUAAAGUCCUCCGAUGGGAAAGAGCCUGGUUUCCACCUGCCAUCAUGGGUGUGGUUUCUUUGGUGUUUCUGACGAUCUACUAUCUAGAUCCAUCCGUUCUGUCAGGUGUUUCCUGUUUUGUUAUGUUUCUGUGCUUGGCUGACUACCUUGUUCCCAUUCUAGCGCCUAGAAUUUUUGGCUCCAAUAAAUGGACCACUGAGCAACGGCAGAGAUUCCAUGGAAUUUGCAGCAAUCUAGUAAAAACUCGACGCAGAGCUGUGGGCUGGUGGAAACGCCUCUUUGCGCUAAAGGAAGAAAAGCCUAAAACGUACUUCAUGACCAUGAUCAUUUCUCUUGCUGCGGUUGCUUGGGUGGGACAGCAAGUCCACAACCUCUUUCUCAGCCACCUGAAAAGUAAAACUUUCUUACUCUUGCUUCCUGGACUAAACCAACAUGGGAUCAUUUCGAAGUACAUUGGAAUGGCCAAAAGAGAGAGAAACAAGCUUCUCAAACAAAGAGAAAAGAAAAAUGAAUAA